AUGAUUGGUCAUCGAUCAAUUGUCACACCGGUAGAUACAUUGAUUGCAUUGGUCGAUAGUGCCAAUGAGCAAUUCAUUAGAGUGUUCCUACAGCACUCCACCAUUAUGUUAUCGGAUAAUGUCCAAGUCUCUCCAAGGAAGCUAAUACGACCAGGUGUCAAUGUCAACAUUCUCAAGCUCCUUCAUGUGGAGUUCAACCAAGCAUACGAAUGUUUAUGGAGAGAGGCCUUGAGGAGUUCAACGGAAUCCAGAUUGGUCGACAGUGUUGUCUACCUACUUAGCAAUGUCCCACCGAGCCUUGAGUCAAUACUCGUUGCGCACGUGAACAAAUGUUAUACUCAUUGUGCCUCAGUCGGUGACAUUGCUCUUCUUCGAUGCAUUCAUACACAGUCCAAAGUUGCAAUUGAUGCCGAGGUCUACAAGACUGCUGCUGACAAUGGACAUGUUGAACUAAUCAAUAAUUGUAAUAGUGAUAUUAUUCAGCUCCCUGACCUUGACCUGCCACAGUUGAUCAAGACCUCAAUAAGGAAAUCAAUCAAUGUUCGAUUAAAAUGUGCUGUGAAGAAUGAUGAUCUACACACUGUUUGUAUAAUGGUCGAAUCCAUGACUGAACCAUUUGAAAUGGAUGAAGAAGUCUGGCAUCUCAUGUCCCCUGCCAUCGCGGCAUACCUCUCAAGUCAAGAUGUAUGUCCAUUGCUACAGCUGGAUCAGAAGUCAAUCAAAUAUAUCAUCAUGGCCGCUCGGCAGCCAAGUAGCCCAAUGACUGAGGAGUUGGCCGCAUGUUUCAUUCGCCAUUGCAAUAUAGUCACAACAACACCUUGUAUCGUUGCAAUGGACUUGGCAUCAGAGUUCUCUGUGACAAUAAUGAGAGCGAUACAUAGUCAUUUAUCAACGCCCUACUCAAAGAACUGUGUCACAACUGCGAUCAAGAAUGGCAAUGUAGAGAUGAUGGAGUUGCUGUUGGAGGAGCAAGGCUUUGGCAAAUCAAUCGACCAAUAUCCACAUGGAUACUGUCUAACAGGCCACAUGAAGAAGCAGAGGUUGGAGCGAACAGUAUUGGCUAUUGGUUCACUCAAAGCAGUCACCAUGUAUAUGCGCUACAAGAAGAAGAAUAGCUACUUCUGUAUUGUGGCUGUUAGGAACACUUUGGAUGUGUUUGAAUACGUCGUUGGACUACAUGCGGACCUGAUCGAGAUGGAGUUUUACAAAGGCAUCGUCAAUGAGGCAUUGACCAAUGACAAGCCGCAUUACAUUGAUGUAUUGUGUAACAUUACAAACAUCACUCCAACUCAGAUCAAUCUAAGAACAUUGGAGUUGGCCGCUAGGAACAAUGCAAUCAGAUCAUUGGAGUACAUCUUGAGGUCACCAUUCAUACCCCAACAACACUAUCAGAGAACAAUCCAAUCAAUCCUCAACGUUUCCUAUGAACAUGGAUAUUCAAGAAUCAUUAGAUUGUGUCAACAAAGCACGACCAUUGACAACUCUGAUCUAUUCUCAUCCAGAGAUGGACGGAGCAUUCCACCGUGUGUUCAGAAACAAACGACUUUGCCUCAUCGUAUUGUCCUUUGUCACAGCUAUACAUAA